CAUCGUUGAGGCUGUAUUACCAGUCCCUUAGCUUAUCGACGGGCUUAUCUCUUGGUCUUCCCAGCGGCUUGUCGGAUGAUAAGCUUCGAUAAGAAAGACAAUAUGCCUUGAAUUCGCACAGUGUGAUCCAUUAGAGAUUACGAGCAAUUUUCAAACACAAUGUCGCAUCCAAUUGUCGACAUUCACACCCAUGUCUACCCCCAGUCCUACAUAGAUAUGCUGCGUUCGCGCAAGACAGUACCCUAUGUUCAUGACCCUGCUUCUGGUGCACCUUCGCGAUUGAUCAUCCUAUCCUCCGAUGACAGUGAAUCUAUUCCUCUUGACCAACGAGGGCGACCCGUCGAUUCAUCGUACUCCGACAUCAAUGUCAAGCUGGCCUUCAUGCGCCGGCAUGGUAUCACUACCAGUGUUGUCUCGUUGGCUAAUCCGUGGUUAGACUUUGUUGAACCAGAGGAGGCACAAAUAUGGGCUGAGAAAAUCAAUGAUGAUCUGGAAGCAACUUGUGCCAAAGUGAACACUGCAGCAGACCCAGACGGAGUACGUGCCCUGCAUGAGAAGGAGACCCUCUUCGCCUUCGGAGCCCUACCGCUCAGUGCACCUAGCGCAGAUAUUGUCGCACAGGAAAUUGCGCGACUGAAGACACUACCGCAUCUGCGAGGAGUGAUCAUGGGCACGUCUGGGCUGGGCAAAGGAUUGGACGACCCUGGCCUGGAUCCUAUUUGGAAAGCUCUGCAAGACACGGACACUCUUCUCUUUCUUCAUCCACAUUAUGGCCUGCCAGACGAAGCAUUUGGUGGUCCUGAAGCAACAGAUCGAUACGGCCAUGUCCUUCCACUAGCCCUGGGAUUCCCACUUGAGACGACCAUUGCGGUCACGCGAAUGCUCCUGGCUGGUGUGUUUGAUCGGUUUCCACGAUUGAAAAUCUUGCUGGCUCAUUCCGGGGGCACUCUUCCUUUCCUGGCAGGACGGAUAGAGAGCUGUAUCGCACACGAGCGCAAAUUCAUUGCCAAUGGUGGCGAUACUAAAGGACCCAGCAGGAGUGUGUGGGAUGUGUUGAAAACAAAUAUAUACCUCGAUGCCGUUGUAUAUGGGAAAGCUGGGCUGAAGGCCGCUAUUCAUGCAGCAGGAGGACCGGACAGGUUGCUAUUCGGAACCGAUCAUCCAUUCUUCCCUCCACUCGAUGGCAAGGAGGAAGAGCCUUGGCUCAGUGUCACGACCAACUACAAAGCGAUCGAUGCUACGCUCGCCGGGGAUACAGAUUCCAUAAAGGCUGUUCUGGGAGGAAACGCAGUCCGAAUUUUGGAUCUCAAAUAAGGAAGCCUUAACCCAUUAGUACGUAUUAGAGAUAGAGAAGAGUGGACGUGAGUUAUGCUCAGAAAUCUGGGACAUCUUCAAAGACAGAAUGGAUAUGCAUGCGGAUCAUUCAGGCCAGG